CACAUUAGCAUGCUAUAUCCACUUCUGGUUUUCCCCCAUUUGAAACUUCUUUCAGCUCGACAGGAGGUUGUACAUUUGCCCUGAGGAAAAAGCCUGGGUAUUUCCUUAUGACUCAUAGUACAGCCUAUGUUUUGCGCACUGGUAUAAGGAGGCAGUUUCUAUUUGCUCAGCAUUAAACUAAGAGCAACAGAGCACUUGGAAAAUAUAACUUGUCGUGGUUUGACGUUGUGGAUCUUCAAUUUUGCAACACCUAGUGCCUGUAAGUACCCCUACAAAUGUUCAUGUUCAUUUAGAGUAAAAGUUAGCAGUAUCAUCUAAUUUCAACCUCCUCCUCCUGUUUCACACAUACACUUUUCUUAAGUGGCUUGUUUUGAUUUUGUUCUAAAAAGGCUAACUGUACUAUUUUAAAUUCUGAAAACAAAGCCUACUUGGGUAAGAGUUGUGCAAUAUAAAAGCUCUUUCUUCCACUAAAUCCAGUUUGUGGGUGAAAAUGUGCUGUGAUUUAAAGAGUGACCACCCCUCUCUUCUAAUCAUAUAUUGACAUUUUGCAGUGACCAUUCUCUGCUGUAAGUUCAUAAGUCUCUCUGUAUAUCAUGGCAUUCCUUCACAUUUAUAUUGCCUUGCCUUGAUCUUAAUAUAUUUUUAAUUGUGGUAUGUAGCACUGGUGUAUUAUUAAUUCUGACAACUUUACCAAGACCAAGUGUGUGUCUGCUCAGACCCAAGUGGUAACAUAGAAAAAUGUUAUACUGUCUUUAGCUUUAAAAAAUAUUUGUUUAGAGAUCUUUUAAUUCAGGGAAGUCAUUGAUGCCACAAACAACACGUAGUUAAAUCUUUUGCAAGACUAUUCAGAAAUAAAUCCUAUUAAGUUCACUGAGCUUAGUGUACAUAGGACUGUAGCAAUAACCAUCAUUUGUUCUGUGCCUUCUCUACGAAUGCAGAAUUGCAAGGGCUCAUCACACUAAAAGAGGGGGGGUCUUAAAAAAAUAAAAUGAAAUCACCAAACGUUACCCAUUAGAUUAAUUUGACUGGAAUACAACUGAGGGAUAAUAUAAGUAAAUAGCAGCAAACAUAGGUCAAUAGGAGAAAUAGGACAUUAACUGAGGUAAUGUGAUUAGUCAAUAGUAGAAAUGGGAUAUUAACAAAAAGAGCAAUAUAUUACCAAUCUUUUGAGUCAUUCAGCUUGAUGGCAAGUAAAAUUGAAUGCAUAUUGAUUGAAUCUUAUGGGAAGUAUUCCUGAGACCGAGUUCUUUAGAGAACACCUGAAUCAACUCAAGUUUGUUCCGAAUACAGCAGGAAGUGAGAGGCAGAAUGUGAGUUUGCAUAGAAGUAAGAUCGCCCUCAAACUUGCUUUCCAAAAAGUGAAAUAACUUGACUAAGGCUAAUAAUCAGUCCUCAGAUAAAAUUGUCCCAGAAUGGAUUUGCUGUUUUCAGAAUUGUUUUUUGUCAAACUGGACAGAAGAGGAGAUAGGAGAAGAAGACAGAGCAGUGGAAUGCCAGGUUUAGGCUUAUUGCUCAGCUAUAGUGUUUUCUUCUUCUAAAAAAUAGCUAUCAGUAUGUUUAUCCUAGGAGGCAAAGAGCAGCUUGGGGAAGAGGGAAUUGAAUCAUAGACUUGGGGGUUGUAUUGGCAUAGGAGCACACUCUGCAAUGCCCUCAUGGCUGCCUCCACGCUCAUUUUUCUACAUGGGCAGUUCACAGAGAAUGAGUGUGGAUGGGGUGUGGGUGCAUGUGGAUAGGGUGUGGGGAAAAGAAAGGGGGUAUCUGUGUUAAGUGUAGUGUGUGUGUGUGUGUGUGUGUGUGUGUGUGUGUACUAGUGGUGGAAGUUUGGGUUGAUAGGUGAAGACAGCAAACCAAUUUUAAGCUGUCACCUAACUCCCUGCUGGCAAAAAAAAACACACCCGCAGAAUGUGGCCAAUUCUUGAUCCAGCCUUUGGGCUAAAGAAAGGCCAAACUGUGCAUGUGCAUGCAUCACUGCGGCAUAUUUUAAAGACCUAGCACUCUACCUUUCCUCUAUUUACUUUGCUGCAUAUUUUGUGAUUUUAAAUCUCUGCUGAGGUUCUCUCACCAAAGAGUACUUGCCCAAACCUGGAUCUUGGCAUCCAGGGAAUUCUCCUUUCUCUAUACCUAUUUACUUGUCCUUGCACCAACAAAAACAAAAUUGAUCAAUAAUUGUAUAUUGCAUAUAUUUCUUGCAAUAUCUCACUUUCCUUUCAGGUAGGUUGAUUUGUCCUCAUCUGGAUAUGAAUGAACAACACAUCUUGUUUGGGUAUGGUUGCAAUUUCAGGGUUGCAUUUUAAAUCAAUUAAUUUACAGGCUUGUGUUAGUUCAACUGUGCGUGCAUAGUCUCACAAAGUAGUUGGAUGCAAUGUGUGUAAUCUAUUCCAUCCACAAAAUAAGAGUUUCUGUAGAGUUUCUAUAGUGCAAGUUCAUGUUCCGAUGGGGCUAGCAUCUGGAGCCAACUGACGAUUCCCAGAUAAGAUCCUCCCCCUAUUGUGUGGGCACGGUAGUCCCUCCCCCUACCUGGCCUGAUCACCGUGGCAAUGCCCCCCCAGGAGGGAUUGGGCAACUGGCUGAGGUAGGCAGAGACCUCCAGGUAUCCCAACUGGGGAAGGCAAAGCCAAGCCUGUGCUAAUGGUGCCGCAUAGGGUCCAGGGGGCUGCGUGUGACCACGCAAAGGGUGCCCCCCCCCAUUUAAUGUGGGGAGCAGUCAUUGUAUCUGCCCUACACUGGUUGCUCUCGACACUCUUUUCUUAGCCCCAAUUCCAAGCUGCUUCCCAAGUAAAUGGCUGAACCCAUGAACUCUGGUGAGGGGAACAUAGAAAGUUCAGAGUCCCUUUUUUAUACACUUUUGUGUUGUGGUUACUGCUAAUAUAACCUUUCUCCACUUUUAGGAGCAAAUGGUGAGUACAGUAGUCGCAUGAAAUAAAUGGAUCUCUUCAGGCAUUUGAGGUGAACAUGUGUAGGCUUAAAGAGGAGAGAGACACCACUACCACUACCACUACCACUACCACUACCACUACCACUACCACCACACCAUUUCAUAUGUGACUUAGUGCUGCUUUGGAUACAACCUCAUGCCUCUUGUCCCUCUGAUGUUACUUCAUACUUCAGCCCACACUUGUUUCAUUUCUACCAAACCAAAACAUUCUAAAUCAGAAUCGGUUUUACCAGAGUUUUGGAAAGUAUUUAUUUGUUUAAUUAAAAUUUUCAAAGUUUCAUUGGUGGGAAUCAAAGAAUUGUAGAGUUGCAAGGGACCCCAAAGGCACAACCGCCUGCAAGGCAGGAAUCUCAGCUAAAGCAUCCAUGACAGAUGGCCAUCCAUCCUCUGUUUUAAAACCUCCAAUAAAGGAGAAUCUAUCCCCUUCCAAGGUAAUCUGUUCCACUGUCGAACAUCUCUUACUGUCAGAAAGUUCUUCCUAAUGUUUGGUCAGAAUUUCCUUUCUUGUAACUUGAAUCGAUUGGUUCAAGUCCUACCCUCUGGAGCAGAAGGAAACAAGCUUGCUCCUUCUUUCAUGUGGCAACCCUUCAGAUAUUUGAAGAUGGCUAUCAUAUCGCUCCUCAGAUUUUUCUUCUUCAGGUUAAACAUCCCCAGCUCCCUCUGUUGCUGUUUAGUCGUUUAGUCGUGUCCAACUCUUCGUGACCCCAUGGACCAGAGCACGCCAGGCACUCCUGUCUUCCACUGCCUCCCGCAGUUUGGUCAAACUCAUGUUCGUAGCUUCGAGAACACUGUCCAACCAUCUCGUCCUCUGUCGUUCACUUUUCCUUGUGCCCUCAAUCUUUCCCAACAUCAGGGUCUUUUCCAGGGAGUCUUCUCUUCUCCCUCUAGCACUCCACAUAAGGCUAGGUUUCUAGACCUUUUAUCAUGUUGGUUGCCCUCCUCUGCACACAUUCCAGCUUGUCAAUAUCCUUAAACUGUGAUACUCAGAAGUGGACACAGUACUCCAGGUGGGGUCUGGUCAAGGCAAAAUAGAGCAGGACUAUUACUUCCCUUGAUCUGAAGAAGGUAUUCUUGUAAACAGGUAUUAUUGUAACCCAUCCAUUCAUUUCAAAAACAACUGUUGAUCUAAUUUACGGUCUUUUGUUGCCCUUUUUAUGCUGUGUAAGUUCUUGGAAUGCUAAUUGUAUUUUAUUGUUCGAAACAUUCAAUGGAGCAAGUGGGAAGAAAGGACUGUAGGAAUAAAAUAUUGCUGUUCUUUAUGUUAUAUGUUCAUUGCAUCGUUUUGGGAGAAUUAUAAAUUGAGGGUUUUUUGUAGUUAUUUUCUGGCACACAGUCACCAUCUACAUCUAUGUUAAUAUUUUGUUAACCUAGUUAAUGGGUACUGACAAAUAACAAAUAUUCGUUAACAUCUGAUAAACUGCUGCUUGGUUACAGUUUCUGUUUAUAUACCGCAUAGCAGAAGAACAAAAAAGAAAAUUAAGUACUUCUGUUCCUCAUAAUAUUCUGUUUAUUUAAUCUGAACAGGAACUGCAAGUACUUACUGGAAGGGCAAGGUGUGGUUUAUACAAAGUCCUAGAUUAUAGUGAUGGUGCACUGGGCCAGUAGCUAUUAAACAUGAGUUAAAGUGGUCUUUAACCCUCACUAUUUGUUUGUUUACUAGGUUGAAUUAGCAAUCAAAAUGGAUGCUCCACGAACGAUGUGCAUAGGUAUGAGAUGGAGUCUCAUGAGUUUAUCCAGACAGCAGGCCAUACCCGUUUCCCUGGCAAUUUUCAUGUUUUUCUCAACAUGCACUGUUUCUUUUUUUAAUGGAUACAAUCAGUAUGUGACUCCAACCAAAAUUAGCAUACAAUUUUAUGGCCCUGCCAUGUAUUGUAUGUCCCUGUUCCAAAACAUGGCAGAGUUUGCAUAUUUGGGCAGGGAUAUUCAGGUCUUGAGCCACAUUGGAACUGACACAUUUGCACUUAAAGCCCUGCCCUCUGAUCCAAAGAUAUGGGAUGGACUCCCUUCACUCAGUGUUGUAGAAAAUGCAUUCUGCACAUGCAUUGGAUUGUUGCUGCAUAGUCCUAGGGAUGAGGCUUGGCUGAGUUAGCCUAAGAUCAAGAUGCCCUGUUUCUGAUUCACCAUGAUGCUCCACCGACAAUAUUUCAUUUCUACUGGUGAUAUUUUUCAAGUACUUGAUUUGGGUUUUCCAGCAGCAGCAUCCAUACAGACUGUCCUGCUCCCCGACAUAGUUUUAACCAUUUUAUCUUGGAUUGUGCCUGCCAGUCCAGUAGUAGAUGUGCUAUGAGUUGUAGGAACAAAGGGACCACCUCCCCUUUAAACAUUCAGCGUAUAUUCAGGUAGUUCUUCCAGUCUAUAUUCUGAUUUCAACCAAAUUUCUGAAUUGGAUUUUUGCUCCAGCUGCUGGGAAUUGUUAAAUUGCCGUACACUGCCUUGAUAUUUUAUGUGAGUGGGAGAAACAUAAGCACUUCAAUAAAUAAAUCAAACUGGACCAAUCAUGGUAGGACUGGUCAAAAACAAUUUCAUAUUUUACUUCAAACACAAAUAUCAUUGAUUUUUGUCAUUUUGAAUUGGAUUUCUCUCCCUCCUUGACUAUGGGUCUGUGGCUAAGGGAUACAGAAAUCCACUCUUCAGGGUUCUUUUCCUAUGGAGGUAACAUGGAAUGUUUCUUACUGUUAUCUCUUUAUCAGGAAAUUGUAGUUAUGGAGAUGUCUACAAGCAUGGUUUCUUCAUCAAAUCCCCACCUCCUCAUCUUUUCUCCAAUCAGGUACUGUUGACAUCAUAAUAGCCAUGGUGCUGCUGCUAUAAUAAUGAUGAGCAAAUAGCAAUAAUAAUUGUACUCAUAAUGUGUUACUGUAUUUCUAAUUCCUUGUCUUUUACCUUUCUUCCAACAGAACUCCUGGAAAAGGAGACACUUUAUCCUUUCCAAGUCUGGCAAGAACAAUUAUGUCCUGAGGUAUCUUAAAGGUGCCCAGUUAAAGGGUUACAUUGAAAUCAAUGAGUAAGUAUCUAGCCUUGUCUCAGAAUGACCACUCCCCACAUUAAAUGGGGGCACCCUUUGCGUUGUCACGCGCAGCCCCCUGGACCCUAUGCGGCACCAUUAGCACAGGCUUGGCUUUGCCUUCCCCAGGUGGGAUAUCUAGAUCCCUGGCAGGGGACUGGGAGGGAUAAAUGCCCAGUGACUGAGCCAAGGUCUACCCACAAUUGAAACAUAAUACAGUUGUGGCCAAUUUUAAUCCCAUAGCACGUUGUCUUGAGUCGUUAUUCCACACAGGGGCCGCCCAGGGUUUGGGGGACUCCGCCUGUCCAUGCAAAGCUUCUUUUAACACUCCCUGACUGCCUGAAUUGCUGCUUGCUAGCCCCCUCAAAAAAAGUUCUUCUCCAGGUUCUUCCCAAAUGCAUGGUGGAGCACAAUAUGAAAUUGAACCACCUCACAGGUUAAAAGCACUGCGAGGCAGUGAGCAAGACUUGCCCCCUCGUCAGCCAUGUAUUCAGCUCUGAAAAGGGUCCCACACACUUCCUGAUGUAUGCAUACAGAGGCCUCCAUGCUAGGGGGAAUCCUGAUCAGAACUACUUAUUGCACAACGAAGCUCUGAUGAUAUGCAUAUAGGGACCCUGCAGCUGGGGUGGGGUGGAGUGCCUGGGGGGUGCAUUGGUAGGAGAGUGGCUAAUCCAUGUGGCCCUGCAACCCCUUCACAGUAAUGCGCUUUUAAUGUGUGAGAACCCGUGCAGCUGUUUAGGGUUCUAUGAGUUCUAAAAUGGAACCUCAGCCAGUCAUCUCUCCAGAUGCUCUGAGGUAAUUCUAAUCUGCUUUAUUGUUUUAAGUUUUGUGUGUUUUUAAAGCGUGGUUGUGGUUUCUUCCUUGCUUUUCCUUGUUUUAUCUUUUGUAAACCGCUUUGAGGUUUGUUUGUUUGUUUUAAUUGAAACAAAAACUAUUACAUUUUCAAAAUUCACAAAGAAAGAAUAAAAAGAAUAAUUUGAUCUUCAACGACAUAUUCUAGGAUAAAAAUAGGUGUUACAAAAUACACGGUAAAAGUAUUUAAACAUCUAAGAUAAACAGGACAACAUUGAAAAAGAAAAGGAAAAGAAAAAAACCAAAGCAAAACAACAAAAACUAGGGGGGAGAAACUUUUCUUAAACAAACAUUUUUUAGGAAGUUCAAACCAAUACUUAAAUAUUCUGUGCGCAAAGUCCUUCAUACUGGUUUGAGUCCCUUAUAAUUUUGUUGACUUCUGUCUAUCUCUUCGCGGUUUCAACUCAACUAUUACAGUUAAAUAAUCUGUGCUUUAUUGUUUAUCCAAAAUUCUUUUCCUUUUCUGUGUAAUUAAUCAAAACAGGUUCAUUCCUGCUUUGAGGUUUUUGACAAUUCAGCGUUAUAUAAAUUUUGAGGAACGAAUGAAUGAAUGAAUGAAUGAAUAAUCUGGCUGCCGCAUUUUGGACAAAUUGAAGUUUCUAAGGUGUCUUCAAAGACAGCCCCAUAUAAAGUACAUUGCAAUAAUCCAGUCUGGCAGUUACCAGAGCAUGGAGUACAGUGGCCAAGUCUUCUCUGUCCAAAUGGGGCCAUUGCUGGAGACAGGAUUAAUAUGGUUUUAAAUAUAUGUAUCAUUAUAUCACAUUUGUCUACCCAUUUAAAACCUCAUGUGAUUCUGUUUUAUAUAACUAGUUAAAAUAACCAAGCUUUGUGAGUGUGCUAUAUCGGAAAAGGAAUGUACCAGAAUGCAUUAGGCUGCCAUGUGGCGUAAUUUAAACAAGGUGGAAUAUAUAGUUCUCUCCCUCCUCAUUUAAUCCCCACAACAACCCUGUGAGGUAGGUUGAGCUGAGAGAUAGUAACUGGCCCAAGAUCACCCAGUGAGUUUCAUGGCUGAGCAGGUGUUUGAACCCUGGUCUCUCAGCUCCUAGUCCAACACUCCAAUCACUAUACCACAUUAUAUUACACAUUACAUGCUUUUUAUGACAUGCACAAGAUGGCAGUUUAUUUCAUCUAUUAUAACUUACAUGAUUGUAAAAACCUGUAUUGAAAGGAUCUCAAGAAUCAACCACGGUUCAUAAUGGUGCUACAAUAUAUAGACAUAUUUAAGUUGAGUUAUGUUUCAUGUCUCUGAGGUUUUUUUGUAUCUAUGGAUUGGGGUAAGAAUUUGGGACAGACAAGUUCUUAUUUUGCACUUGCUUUUCCCAUUCUGGAUUAUGUAAGACCAAAACACUUGUUUAGAAAUGACAUGCAGUAAAAACAGUCUCAUCACGCACAAGAACAUAUUUUACAAUGCUAGAUCAUUGCCUAUGACAUCUUUUAACACGAUGAGCCACACAGACUGUGUACAUCUUUCAUAUAUUUACCUAACAGGACUUCAGAAAUAGAGAUUGGCAUAGGUGACCCUGAGAAAAUGACGGUUGUGAAGAAGAUGUUUAAAUGCAAGCCUGCAGAAGUGAUGACCAUCAGAACAGAAAAUAGGGUUUUCUAUCUUAUUGGAUCAGACAGGUAUGUUCACCAUUCUUUACAGAUAUGUAUGUAUAGCUUUCAUACCUGCUAGUAUGAAGGCAAUGAAUUAAAAAAUUUUAAAAUACCGGUACAGGAUCCUCAAAUUGGUCAGAGCACAUCCUCAAAGAAAUUAUCACACAAGCCAUUAUAUAUAUUACACAAAAAAAGGAUUCCCCUUACAACGUUUACAAAGCUCAUGAAAUACAUUUGAACAGCAAGAUGAGUGGAGGUGAAGGAAAUUUAAGGAGCCACCAUAGCUUAAUAAAUCAAGAAUGGUUUCCCUACUGUGAUUCCUUUCUUGCCCAGUUAAGCCACUUAUUAUAGUGUGUUUCCCUUCUGAAAAACCCUUGCUUUAGAGGCUGUUCCGGAAGUAGAAGAAGAGCUGUGCUACAAGGUAAAUUAUGAGGGAAUCUUUAUUUGAGAAGAAUCAGCCACAGAAUAAUCUCUUUUGGCAUUACACAUGCGGCAGGGAUUUUCCCAGAGUCAGCAUACCUAGAACUUAUGAGAGAAAUCAGUGCUGCUUGGAAAGAGAUAAUGCAAAUCCUGUUAGGUACCUUUUUACCUUAUACUCUCCUCCCCUUAUUCUGCACAUUCAAUACCCAGCAGAGACUUUGGCACUGAAACAAAACCAGUCUGACCUCAAAGAAAACAAAUACCCUUUGUUUGUUUUCGGUAACUUAGAAUGGAGUGCCAGUUUCCUUAAAGGCUACUUUGAAAGAUUCUAACCACUCCUGCAAGGCAGUGGGUACAGAAUUUUCCUCAGGGUUUACUCCUGAAGGCCUUCCCACGAAUGAGUUUAGCUGCAAGGCAGCAGAGGUUUAGGAUCAGAGUUUUCCUUCUCCUAGAUGGGCUACCUUCCCAGGUUGAUGAGCCCCAUCUUCCCCUCAUUUCCCUCUAUAGCCUACAGCCACACAUUAACAGCAACUAAUGGAAAAUGUGGUGGUUGAUAGAAACAUUGUUUUUUAUAUAGAUAUCACAGUCACCAUUAGACAGGGGAAUCUCAUCCUCACAAUAAAGGUGGGGCAGAACCUGUGGGGUCCCCAGUGGGUGUAUUGAAAUGCCACCCUGCAAGAGACUGGUCUGGCUAUCUCUGCACUUGCCUUCCAGCAUGCCUUCUAUAUGAGCUUGGAACCCAAGUCAACAACAUCAUCCUGACAGUGUAGGAAGCUGCAGCCUUAGUGUGAAAUGCCAAGGUUGCUAAGCAAACCAUAAUUGUCUUGGUUAGAAGAUCUAAUCCUUUUCAAUGUGUGCAGUCACCCUGCUCCCAUUCACAUAGUAUGCUCAGGCCAAUGCAUGGAUAUGCCUUUAUGUCUGGGUUAAAACACUGAUUAAAAUGCUUUUGUUCAGCUAAAAGGAUGCCCAAAUAAAGCAGAUAAUGGAUUUUUUUUUUACUGUUCUUUAUCAAAGUAGUGCAUAUAAAAGCUGCAGAUGUACAUUACAUGCAGGUCCCACUAUCUAAACAGAAUGCAUUUGCAGGAAUUUGUUUCAUAAGCAUAACAAGUUGACCAUUUCCAAUGAUCUCUUUGGGGAAAUGUGUUCCUGACCACAGAAUAUGACAAAAUGUCAAAAAUACCUGGGAAAGCCCUCUGAAACCUUGCAAAGGCAAAUAAGGAAAGAAAAAAUUGCUCUUAUUUGUCUGAUCUCUCCCCCUUCCUCCUCACUUCCUCCCACCAUGGUUUCUGGUGAAAUGGCUGCCGUGGACCAGCAAAACACAAAAAGUAAGGCUUCUUUAAGGCUGCUUAUUUGUUUUCAGUACUACACUCAGGUCCAGCUCUAUGGAUCUGUGGUGUGUAUAAUUUGCAUACUAAUUCCUCAUUUUUGGAUAAGUGAUUUUUUUUUAUAACAAGUGUUUGGAUAGUGGGACCUGUGUAUAUUUAAAAUAAACUAGGGUUUUGCUUCAGUGCUAUUGCUUUGACUCCUAAAUUUAUGCAGAUUUGAUAAAUUAAUUUACUUAGUUUGCAGUCCUAACCAUGCCUAAUCAGAAGUAUGUCCCAUUUGGGUGACUAUAGAGAAUGAGAGUUGAGAUUCUUUUAAGAUUUGAAAUCUUCUACAGCCAUGGAAUAAAGGCAUCCCUGGUUAUAUGGUGAAGGAUUACCGGUGAGAAUCUUGAAAUAAUGGGUGAUUAACUUUGGCCUUCCAUAUCUUGCCAAACCACAACCCCCACCACUUCUGACUAUUGGCCAACUACUGGAGUCCAAGAAUGCUUUAGAUGUUUUCUGGAUAUACCCAGGGUAGUAUUCAACUCUGAGUAAAACUUACUUGAAUAUCACCCAGCAAUACAGUGGUACCUCGGGUUACAUACGCUUCAGGUUACAGACGCUUCAAGUUACAGACUCCGCUAACCCAGAAAUAGUGCUUCAGGUUAAGAACUUUGCUUCAAGAUGAGAACAGAAAUCGUGCUCUAGUGGCGCGGCGACAGCAGGAGGCCCCAUUAUCUAAAGUGGUGCUUCAGGUUAAGAAGAGUUUCAGGUUAAGAACGGACCUCCGGAGCGAAUUAAGUACUUAACCCGAGGUACCACUGUAUUGCUCAUGCCAGGGAUUAUGGAACCUUAAGCCCAAGGCUCAAAUAUGGCCCUUGAGGCCUCCGUAUCUUUCUCCCAGAAGUCUCCCCAAGCCAUGCUCCUUCACUAGCCCUGCUUCAUACCUUCCUCAUCCUAGUUUUUCCUGUCCUUGAACUGUCUUGCCUGCCUGGCUGAAGAGAUGUAGAGCGUAGGGUGUAAAGACCUCUGACUUUUGCAUAGGUGGGAUGUAGCCUACUUGACAAAGUUAAAAGUCUGAUUUGUUGCCACUUUUGCCUCUGGUCACAACCAUCACAGGCCUGUGACUCCCAUCCUCAAUGUUUUCCUAUGAGGCAAUGCAGCCCUUGGGCUGAAAAAGUUUCUCUGCCCCUUGGCAUAUAGGGAGGAGGCCCUUGAGCACCUUGAAGAUGCUGCUCAAAGAUUUGGUUCUUCUUAAAAGUAAAAAAAAACUUUGCAAAUUUUUCAGAGGAAUACAAUCUCAUUCCUAAUAUUUUGUUUCUCUAUCUGUCUCCUUAAAAUGUAAUUUCACUCUCUAGCAAGGACGUUGAGGACUGGGCCACCUUCCUGUUUUCAACCAGCAGAGAAACAAAGGUCAGUGGUUGCAAUGCUGUCUUAAUUAUCGAACAUCAGCGAUUGACAUUUUUAAAAUAAUAAUAAUAAUAACAACUGUCUUCAUCAUUUGUUCUACUAGUGCUCAGUUUUCUUUUCUAAACUGUAACUUACAACUGGAGUAUGUCAGUUUCAGUUCUCUCAAGUUUCUAAUUUUUCCAGUCUUAAAUUCAGUUCUCCAUGUUUUGUAGCAAUUGGCACAUUUUUAAAAAUCCUCAUGGAAAUUUACCAGCAUUUUAGUGUAAAUUUCUCCCAAUAAGCACAUUUUAUAUGCAGUUUUGAGAAAUGUACACAUUUGCAAUUUUUUAACCAAUUUCCCCUAAUACAAUGCAUAUUCAUUUGUUAUUUUCACCAAUAUAUUGAUUUUUUUCUUGCAUACUUUCCUCUAGUAUAUGCAUUUUUGUAAGCCUUCUUUGGUUGGAGAACUAAAUAGCAAUAUUCAUGUACCGUAUUUUUCGCUCUAUAAGACGCACCAGACCAUAAGACGCACCUAGUUUUUGGAGAAGGAAAACAAGAAAAAAAAUAUUCUGAAUCCCAGAAGCCAGAACAGCAAGAGGGAUCGCUGCGCAGCGAAAGCAGCAAUCCCUCUUGCUGUUCUGGCUUCUGGGAUAGCUGCGCAGCCUGCACUCGCUCCAUAAGACGCACACACAUUUCCCCUUACUUUUUAGGAGGGAAAAAGUGAGUCUUAUAGAGCAAAAAAUACAGUAAAAGUCAAUUUCAAAAAAUAGUUACACUUUGCUUUCAUAAUGUUUUGUAAAGGUUUUAACUAUGUGAAAUUACUCUGUUGCUUCAUUUCUUGACCCAGAAACCAGAAAUGAGAGGUCGGUCAAAAUCUUCACCAGCUUGUCUUGAUGAAGUAGCUGCUGACAUCAUCAAGAAGGAACCAUGUCCUGACAAUGAAUAUGAGGUGGUUGUUAUAUACUGUCUUUUUCAUUUUAAGGGUGCCUCCAGGCUGUCAGUAUUUCAUGGGAAGGAUUUCAAGGGCAUGCAAGGAAACUUAGGUUUGCGCAAUUAAAGUGCUCUGUUCCCCUGGUGCCACAAAUCCAUCUAAAAAAGAAACAGUUUUUUUGGCAGUAAUUGGAAAAUGCAUUGAAAACUGAGGGAUGAAUGAAUGGGAACACGUGUAAACACCAUUCAAAUAAGUCAGGAUGAAUCCAGGAUAGGUACUCAUUGUCAUAUAACUUCUGCACAAACAAAUCAGAAUAAAGACUAGGUAUAGCCUAUGUAAUUAUUGGGUAAGUUUUGUGAAAGAAAAUCAGGAUGAAUGUGCAAUAAAUAGCAUUUCUGGACAAGUGCUAAAAAUAAAAUAAAAAUACUAUUCCUUUUCUUUUCCACACCCAUAACAAUUUUAAAGUAGAACCACAACUCAAGUACCUGAUUUUGCUUAAAUGUGUUCUAUCAGCAGAAAGAACAGGGCUAAUUUCUAGUUUUAAUGAAUCACCCUGAAAUAAAGCUAUGCUUUCUUUUUUUCUGUUUUGAUUCGUUGAGCUGCAGGAUAUAGGAACAUCCAUCUCCAAGAAGAGGCCCUCUUCAGAGCCUGUUACUCAAGAAUCCUCCCAAGAAGCCCCUGUUUAUGAGUCACUGACAGUACUGCAGCUAGUGAGUGAUGAAAGUGGGACUGGAAGAACAGUAUGGAUAAUUUGAAGCAACUACUGCAUCACUUCCAUGCAUUGUGUAGUGCAGAAAGUUGCAUGAAGCAUUGCUCAGUUAUUUUCAAAAAUAAAAUAAAAUAAGGGUUUGCUAGUGAUUAAAGGUAAAGGUAAAGGUACCCCUGACCGUUAGGUCCAGUCGCAGACGACUCUGGGAUUGCGCGCUCAUCUCGCUCUAUAGGCCAAGGGAGCCGGCGUACAGCUUCCAGGUCAUGUGGUCAGCAUGACUAAGCCACUUCUGGCAAACCAGAGUAGCGCACGGAAACGCCGUUUACCUUCCCGCCGGAGCAGUACCUAUUUAUCUACUUGCACUCUGAUGUGCUUUCGAACUGCUAGGUGGGCAGGAGCUGGGACCGAGCAACGGGAGCUUACCCCAUCACAGGGAUUUGAACCGCCGACCUUCCAAUCGGCAAGCCCUAGGCUCUGUGGUUUAGACCACAGUGCCACCCGCGUCCCUGCUAGUGAUUAUUUGCUACUAAUUAUUUCUUCAUUUUCUGAUCCUUCCUUUUCACACCCACUUGCCUCUCCUUAUCCCUGGCUUCCACACAGUUGCCCAUAAUGCUUCCAUUGCAGAAACGUGCUUAGAAACUUAUAUCCAUGGGCACGAUAAUAUGAUUAUAAUUAUAAUUAUUAUAUUUAUUUAUAGGCCAUGUUUUUCCCAGGCCAGGACUCAAGGUGGCUUGCACAAAUUAAAAAAAAAACCACGGAUAAAAAACAGAAAGCCAAAAACAUACAAAAUAUAAUAGUUUAAAAGUAAUUAAAUUAUAAUAGAAUUGAAACAAUUUAGAAACAAAUCUAUCAUAGGUCAGUGGGUUUGAGUACAUUCAUACCAGCAUUCCCCAUGUUGUUAUGGCACAUCUCUACCUGAUUACAUUCCUCAUAAGUGUUUCACUUCUGAUUUUCUUGUGGGGCAGCAGGUCUUACUCAUUGCUGCUUUCAUUUGCCAAAAAGAGCAAGUGUUUGCAUAUUAUCCAUUUUGACCUUUCUCAAAGCAUGAUGAGCAAAGAAUAAUGACACUGUAAAUAUGUCUGUACUUUUAUUUCAGCGACACCUGACAAAUCAUCAAGAGUCAGAGGAAAAAUCCGAAAUGGAGGAAUACUAUGCUUGUCCAACAAAUAUUCUAGCUACGGUAAUGUUGAUAUCAUUAUUUGCUCUGUUCUAAAUAAUGAAUUAAUGCUUACAUCUUUUUUUAAUGUGCAGAAUCCUUUAUCUUGUGUGCAGAUUUGUUCCAUGCCAGUUUAGUCUCAUAGCACUGUAUAAAGCUUGCGUCAUACUGAGUCAGAACAUUAGUCCACAGAGCCCAGUAUUCUAAAUUCCGACUAACAGCAACUUCCAAGCGUCUUAUGCAAAGGUCUUUCCCAGCCCUUGCAUCUGAAACAGUUUGUUACUAGAGCUGGAGCUGCUGGGUAUUAAUCAUCAUUAUCAUUAUAUGAUGAUGUAUACCCCCGUGCAUCUGUCUAGGUUUCCUGGUUUACAGGAAUUUACAUUUCAGAGUGUUUGAAUUAGAGGACCCUUAGGUCCCUGCCAACUCCACAAUUCUGUGAUUCUACACCUGGGAACUUUGGUAUGUAAAAUGUGCUUUACAGCAGUGGCUCUCACCUGCGGUAGAGAUUUACCCAAAGCUUCCAGAUGUUUCAUGACUGGUUAGGGUCUUCUGCCUCUAAAUCAACCCUCUUCCCACUCUAAGAUUUGCAGUUGUUCUAGUACUCAGAAUUUCUUCAGAAAUUAAAUGGUUGCAGUUUGCUGAAACCAAGUCUUUCAUGAAGCAGUAAGAGUUACUUAUUUUGCUGUAGUGACAUAUCAGUUUUAUCCAGACAGACUGGACCAAAUGUAUUAGUGGGUUCAAUAACAGUACUGAGAGCACCGCUUUUAACAAAGUUGAGUUUUUAUUUCCUUUGGAUACGUUAAUAUACUUUGCAUAUGCUUUUUACUUUCAUAGCUGAAUGAUAUGCAGGAUAAAUUCAGCACCACAGAAGAGACUACUAACCCAGAUAAGGAAAAGGUUGGUGAACCUGAAGAAUACAUGCCCAUGGGAUGCAUGUGAGUAUUCAAGCAUGGUGCAUUUUGCUCCUAAAUUUAUCUGAAGCAAUAGUUCGUGGAUUUCUUUUGCAAAGCUUUUGCUAGAUCAGGAUUCCAAAUCCCAUCAACUCCAGCCAGCAUGGCCAUUGGUCUGGAGUGAUUGGAGUUGUAGUGCAGAAACACAUGGAGGGGAACAGGUUCCCCAUCUCUGUGCUAGACCAUCAUUGGUUCAUCUUUAUUGCACCUGGGGGAGAACAUUUUAGUCUACUGUGGCACUCUGUUUCUUUCUCACAACAAAGUGAUGUCUACCUUUAGGUGUUAAAUUACCAUAGCCAGAAAGAUAGUAUUAUUACCAGUAACUGCUGGUGCAAAUUGAUCACUCUUGUAAUCUUGAAUAGAUUCCUUCCUUCCUUCCUCUCCUCAGAAGGAGCUGAUCCUGUAGAAGCUACUUUGUCUUAACCAGUCUGUGCCAAUUUCCAAGCCCAUCAGCCCUGGCAAGGCAGUAACGUACAUGCCAACAGCAAUCACAUAAUUCCCCCUGAAUCGGCUUUUGGCAUGUUACUGUAGCUGCUCAAAGAUUGCCAGGACUUCUGGUGCCUCGAAGCCCUGGAAAAGGCCAUAGUACAGAAGCUGGAUAAACACAAAAUAUAUUAAAAUCCUCCAAGACAUUGGCUGGGUACACUCACGGCUCAUUGCCAGUAAGUAAACCACCACACAGAUUUUUUUUUUUAGUUGAACCAGUAGCCUGAAUUCAUUGUAUGUAUUCUGUUGCCAUUCAAAUUCAGCGAGGAUUCAAAUAAUUGUUAAGGUUUUAUUCUAGGGGUUUUUUUUGUGGGGAGGUAACACUAUAGUUCAGCUUUCAGUUUCAUGUUUGGUUUAGCACCCGAACUGCUAGACAGUCAUUGUACCAUUUUUCAUGGAUCAUUCCUAGGAUCCUCUAAGAAACCCAACUCAUGUAGACUCAAAAGCAUGCUAUAGAGCUGUUUUAAAGUCCAUUUCAGUGAUUUGGGGUUGUCGUGGCAAGUACUGUCCUGGCUGAAGGCUGUGGACUAGUGUAACCUGAGUCCGCUUGUUCCAUCUAGAUUAGAAACCCUCAAACAAUAACUAUGUCCCAGAAAUUGGAACAAGCUGGACGUUCCUGUGGAUUGUAAGCCUUUUCUGGGCAGUGGCUGAGGUCAGAUUUCCCUUCCUCACAAGCAAGUCAGACUCACAGGAACUCCGUGCAGACUGCAUACCAUCACUAUGCUGGUGGUGUAGUACUGGGUUCAUGCCUGCUGGCUCUGUCCUGAUCUCCACACCUUGGUAGCAUCACAUGCACAGUGCCUGCACUUGUAAAAGCUGUUACUCCCCAUGUCCAAUCUUUACCGUGUGUUUUUUUUUGCAAAAUACAGGUCUCAUGACAAAGGUCUGUUUCAAUCAUUGGGACUUCAAUGGGGCUGAAUAGAGUGGCAGAGAAACAUCCAAAGCCCUCCCACUUGUGCUAGCCAUGAAAGAGAGGCGGCUGUGAAACUGCAGUUUUUCCCUGCACCGGCUUCAGGAUGGUGCAGCAGAGAGGCCCAAAUCAAGUCCAGCAUCAGUAGCUGGAGUGGCUUAGGAUCCAGCAGAUACUUGGUGGACCCUUCUCCACACCAUCCUUGUCACCCCCACACACCAAAACUCUCAGUUUGGGGGCUUUCCAUUAGCUAAAACUGGCAGAGAUACCUCCAACCGUAGGUCUGUUCAUCCAGUUAUAGCAGGGACCUCUGUGGUGGUGGAGGUCCCCUGUUGGCAGAUUGCAGUGGAGCCAGGCCACCAUCACCACAUCCUAACCCCCUCUAGAAUGGCAGGUUAGGGUUUCUCUGCCCAUCUGGAUCAAACCCAAAGGCUGGGCAUGUACAAUUUGCAUGUGUGUUGAUUUUCUGCACAAAAACUGGCCAAAGUUUGGGGGUCUGUCAGGGCUGAUCUGGCACUACAAUUGUGCUUCACUUCCCACUACCCCUCCAUUCAUACACUGAUUGUGCAGCUUCAGUCUGCUGCCCAGGUGUGAUGGGAUGAUGAGCUGCUUGUGCGUAAAAUGAUAUCCCCUCAGAGUUUGUUCAAGUCCACAAACCUCUGUCUGUGACAGAGCCCCUCAGACAUGGCUACUCUAGUCACUAGCAGAUUCCGACAGUGGUUGCUUUCGUAAUCGCUUCCAACAUAAAAGCUCCUUAACGGAAACACGUCUUCUGGAAUCUCUGCGUGACAGUUUCCGGCGAGGAGUGGGUGUUCUUACAGGAGGUCCUGAAACCUCCCCACUGUUUUCGCUGGAAGUGUCUCUGAGCCAUCCCUCCAGCUCAGCUCCUCUCCCCUGCUGGUUCCCUCUUCAGCUGCUGCGUCUCUCCCAACCUGUGUGAGCCCUUUCACCUCCCUGUUGGUUCCCUCUUCAGCUGCUGCGUCUCUCCCAACCUGUGUGAGCCCUUUCACCUCCCUUCCGUCCGAUGGCAGUUCCCUGACAUCCACCUCCCUCCAGGGCCCCCUUCACCCCCUCUCGCCCUCCUCUACGGGCGGUGAGGAGGCAAAACCCCGGAAUGAACUUCCUUCAUCUUCCGAUGUCUCGAACACUUCUCUCAACCUGUUGCGGUUCCUGGUCUCGAAGUACACCUCCUCCUCAGAGUCCAUCUCCCCUUCCCCUUCCGAGUCCGGGAAUCCUUCCAACUCCUCCCCUUCAUCAGUGGUCCCAAAGUAUUCCCUCCGGAACCUCUCCACAGGCUGAGGUUUCCUUGGGAACCUUUGAUGGAACGUUUCUAUCAAUACCUCGUCAUUGAUAUCUUCAGCCAUUACCCAAGUGUUUUCUGACUCCGGUUCUCCUUCCCACGCUACCAAAUACUCCACCUGAUCCCCCUUCCACCUGGCGUCGAGGAUUUCUGCCACAUGGCUGCUGCAUUCUCUUUCUUCUACGACCGGUCCCCGAGUGGCCAGCCCUUCUCGGCCCCCUUCGUACGGUGACAGUAACGACCUGUGAAAUACUGGGUGCAGUUUCAUGUGGUUGGGUAACCGGAGCCUGAAAGCCACUGGGUUGACCUGUUGAAUGACCUCAAAGGGACCCAACCUCCUGGGUCUUAAUUUCUUACAACCUCCUUUGAACGGCAACCCUUGGGUUGACAGCCACACCCUAUCUCCCACCCUUAUGGUUUCACCUUCCCUUCGGUUCUUGUCUGCCUGCCUCUUGUAUUCUUCCUUCGCCCUUUCUAAGUUGAGUUGGAGCUGACGAUGGAUUGCUUCCAUUUCUUCCACAAAAUGCUCGGCUGCCGGGACGCUCCAUCUCUCCCCUCUCCCCUGGGAAAGCCCUGGGAUGACACCCAUAAUUAGCCAAGAAGGGGCUCAUCCCUGUGGACACAUUCUCGGCAUUGUUGUAGGCAAAUUCCGCCAGCGCCAACUUUUCUACCCAGUCAUUCUCUCUGUCAUUGACAUAACACCUCAGGUAUUGCUGGAGGACACCGUUUGCUCUUUCCGCCUGCCCGUUGGUUUCAGGGUGCCGGGCAGUCGAAAAAUUGACCUCCACCUGCAGUAAGCUCAUGAGCUUCCUCCAGAACCUGGAAGUAAAUUGUUUUCCUCGGUCUGAGACCACCCUCAAUGGCACCCCGUGCAACCUAAAAAUGUUUUCUACAAAUAACUUCGCUGUCUCUUCCGCCGUGACUGCAUGCGAGCAAGCUACAAAGUGGCACAUCUUUGUUAGUAGGUCUACCACCACCAUGAUGGCUGUUUUCCUUUGGACUUCGGCAGAUCAGUCAUAAAAUCUAUCGACACGGCCGCCCAAGGUCGCUCUGGGGUUGGUAAGGGUUCUAACAGCCCCGCCGGCGCCCGCCUUUCCCUUUGGCUCGCUGGCAUUGCUCGCACCCUCUUACAUACUCACGUACAUCUUCCCUCACCUUAGGCCACCAAAAUUCCCUGGUGACCAACCACAUGGUUUUGUGUUGUCCAAAAUGCCCCGCCGUAGGGCUGUCGUGCAACUGCUUGAGUACCCUCCCCUUAACUCUCCUUCAGGGAUAUACAGUGCCCCUUUGUAAUACAAAGCUCCAUUUCUUUCCUCGAAACCCCUGGUUCCUCUCCAUCACCCCUAAGACCUCUGAGCUUAUUCUGGGCGUAUUCAUCAUUCUCUGUUUCCUCUACCAGUUCUCUUUGUCCCACCAAUGCCGCCCCACACACCCAGCGGUCUUCUGGAAUGACAUGUCUCUCUUCGGGUGCCCCCUCCUCCAAAUAUUCAGGUUUGCGUGAGAGAGCGUCCGCCCUAAUGUUCUCUGGGCCUGGCACGUAACUAAUCUCAAAGUUAAAUUUGGAGAACUCCUGGGCCCAUCUCACUUGCCGUUGGCUGAGCACUCGUGCCGUCCUCCAAUACUCUAGGUUCUUGUGGUCAGUGCACACUUGCACCUUAUGUUGUGCGCCAAUUAGCAGGUGCCUCCAUCUCCGGAACGCCUCAUGAAUGGCUAGUAGUUCUCGGUCAUACACCGUGUAGUUCCUCUCGGAUUUGUUCAGCUUUCGCGAAAAAAGGCACACGGUCUCCACUCUGACCCCUUCUUGCCUGGCUGCAGAAGCACCGCCCCACCGCUCUGUCUGAUGCGUCAGUUUCCACUCUCAUCGGUUUUUGUAAAUCCACAUGCAGGAGUUGUUGUUCCGAGGCGAAGGCCCUUUUAGUUCCUCAAAUGCUCGCUCCGCCUCCUCAGUCCACACGAACUUCUUCUUACUGCUGAGACAGUCCGUAAUGGGCGCCGUCAGGUGGGCAAAGUUUCGGAUGAACUUACGAUAGAAGUUCCCAAAUCCUAGGAACCUCUGCACAUCCUUCUUUGUUUUGGGUGUUUUCCAUUCCAGCACCGCCUGGACCUUGCCGGGAUCCAUGGCCAAUCCCUUGUCUGACAGGCGAUACCCCAGGAAUUCCACCUCCUUGGUAUGAAACUGACACUUCUCCAGUUUCACCCACAGCAGGCUGGCUUGCAGCCUGCUCAACACUUCUCUGACGUCUCUCACAUGCUGCUCCUCAUUCUCAGAAUACACCAACACGUCGUCUAAAAAGGCCACACAAUUCUUGUAAAGCAAAGGCCCCAGGACGUGGUUCAUAAACGAUUGAAAUGUUGCGGAGCCUGCUUGUAGGCCGAAGGGCAUAACCAAAUAUUCAAAUGCCCCUAAAGGGGUGAACAUAGUGGUUUUCCAUUCAUCCCCCUUCCUUAUUCGUACCAGGUUGUACGCCCCCCUUAGGUCCAGCUUUGUGAAAAUCUUUCCCUUCCGCACCCUUGUCAAAAUGUCGUCAAUCCUGGGCAUAGGGAAGGCUACUGGUUCUGACACUGCAUUUAAGGCCCUGAAGUCACACACCAGCCUCGGCUUGUUCGUGUUUUUCUUAUCCACAAAAACACUGGGCUGCCCCCACCGCCCUGGACUCUCUGAUGAACCCUCUCUUCAGGUUCUUGUCAAUGAACUCUCUUAACUCCUGCAUCUCUCUGUCUGACAUGGCGUACAGCUUGCCUACAGGGAGCUGUGCUCCAGGGAGUAAGUUGAUUUGACAGUCAAAGGGUCUAUGCGGGGUAGUUGGUCAGCUUCCCUUUCGCUGAAGACGUCACGGAGAUCUGCAUAUUGUCGUGGUACCUUCACGUUCUCUGUUACUUCAGUCCCUGCUAGGGUGGCUUGGACCCCUGCCAAACCCUUUCCCUCUUUGCAGUGUUCUAAGCAAUGUGCUGAACCAAAAGAAACCACUCUCUGAUGCCAGCCCACCAGCGGAUCAUGUAACGCUAGCCAGCUCAUCCCCAAUAUAAUGGGAGCUCCUCCCAAGGUGGCCACAUUAAAAGCUAUCAGUUCGGUGUGCCUUGCUACCUUCAUUAUCAUUGGGACGGUCUGCAAGCUGACUUCUCCACCCAACAGCUCCCUGCCAUCGAUCGUGGUCACCUGCAGGGGGCUGCUUAAAGGGAUUGUCUGUAUCUGGUGUUCAGCUGCAAACUCUUUGCUCAUGAAAUUGCAGGAGCUGCCUGAGUCCAACAGCGCCUUUAUCUUUAGAGGGUGUCCGUUUGGCAGCUCUAGCGUCACUUCUAUCACUAGGGCGGGUUUAGGAGGUUCUGGCGUGGGCACCUCACUGCUCUUUGGCCUGGCUGCUGUGCCCUGACAGUGGCAGCCAGGCGUUGGCUUUUACUUGCUCCGGUAUAUUUUCCUCUCUUCCAUCCACAGCUCCUACCAUCCCUUGCCAUUCUUUCCUCUGGGGGCAGACUCUGGCAAAGUGACCUGGCUGUUGGCAGAGAUAGCAUUUCCGGGCGCCUUUUCCCUCCUUCUUUGCCCCUCACUGGGCUUUGAAACCAGCGCGCGCGCGCUGUUCCGAUUUCCAUCGGCUCUGCCGGUGGGAAAGUUGGCUCUGGAAUGUCUGGAAUGCGGAACUCCUUCCAACGCUCCCCUUCCCUUCCCGCCUCUCCAAUGCCCUCGCCUCCUGGCGCGCCCCUAUGGCCAGCGCUGAUUUGGUCAGCUGGUCCAUAGACUCCGCCCUGGGCGCCCGGGAAAGUUCGUCUUUCACAGCCGAAGAAAGCCCUUCUUCAAAGAGCAUUUGAAUGGGUUCCGCCGAUAAGUCCCACCCCAAUCUGUGAACAAGCAUGGUGAACUCAGUCCAGUACUCACGGACAGAUCGGCUCCCUGUUUGCAACCCAUUAACUGUCUGCGCACCACUCCCUUUUCAAUAUCGCUGGAAAACAUCAGAUCCAUGGCGCGAAAGAACUUCAUCGUGUCCUUUAAGACGUCACUAUUCGCUGCCAUCAGGGGUCUAACCCAGUCUCUCGCCCCUUUUUUCAAGAUGCUCAAUCACGAAAGCCACUCGUGAUUCCUCGUCAGGGAAUUCAUCAAACUGCAGAUUGAGGGCAUAUUGCAUUUCUGUCCGAAAACCAUGAUAGUUUUUGGGCUCCCCCCCAAACUUCUGCACCAAUCCUGGUACCUUUCUGGCGAACUGGGUGGCUUUCCCUUUUGUCUGCAUCCUGAGCCCUCCUCUCCUCAAGCCUCGCCGUCUGCAUCGCUAGCUGGACCUCCAACAUCUGGUACCUUUCUUCCAGGCUUGGACCCGCUCCAGCUCCUGCUUCUCCGGUUCCGGCUGGGUUGCUCAUGAUGCCUUCUCCUGCACAAGCUGCUUUCAAAGACUGUCGGAAUGCUGUGAUGGGAUGAUGAGCUGCUUGUGCGUAAAAUCGUAUCCCCUCAGAGUUUGUUCAAGUCCACAAACCUCUGUCUGUGACGGAGCCCUCAGACAUGGCUACUCUAGUCACUAGCAGAUUCCGACAGUGGUUGCUUUCGUAAUCGCUUCCAACAUAAAAGCUCCUUAACGGAAACACGUCUUCUGGAAUCUCUGCGUGACAGUUUCCGGCGAGGAGUGGGUGUUCUUACAGGAGGUCCUGAAACCUCCCCACUGUUUUCGCUGGAAGUGUCUCUGAGCCAUCCCUCCAGCUCAGCUCCUCUCCCCUGCUGGUUCCCUCUUCAGCUGCUGCGUCUCUCCCAACCUGUGUGAGCCCUUUCACCUCCCUGUUGGUUCCCUCUUCAGCUGCUGCGUCUCUCCCAACCUGUGUGAGCCCUUUCACCUCCCUUCCGUCCGAUGGCAGUUCCCUGACACCAGGCUAAAGUUGUUUUUUUUAAAAAAAAAAUUAUAGACAUGGUUGAUGCAUUUCCUUUUAAAAGUAAUAUAAUUUACUCAUUAGAGUUUCAGGGGUAGCGGAGGUAAAAAUUGAACCCACAAACAAUGAAUCGACGACCCUUCCUGAAGGCCAGGAAGAUAGCACGAAUCUGCAGGUGAUAGAGGACAAGCCUUUGAAACCAACACCACUACCAAGGACCUGGAAACCAGAAAAAACACCGAAGCUAUCAGUUCUGUCUGUGGUUCAGUUGUCCAUUAUUCUCAGGUGUGGAUACUCUCAGUGUUUCCUGUGGAUAGUGAUGGCUGGAUACAUGUGCAUAAUUUACAUUUUCAAUAUAUUAGUAAUUAUGUCUGUAUUUCUCACAAACUCCCUGAGAGCAAAAGAAAAUGCAUUUCUAUUUCAAUGGGUUUUCCAUUGUCCUGAUUUCCAAGUGAUACAAUCAGUCCAAUAGUCAAUGUCAAUGCUUUGAAGUUAGUUCUUUGCUCCAUUAUGUGAACCAGAAAAGAAUACUUAACCUUUAUCUCCCCACCAUGUGAGCCUUUUGAAUUCAUUCAAGUGUACAUUGGACUUUGUUCCAUUGUUCCACGUAGUUUGCAAAGGUGCAGGGGAAAUGAAUCACUAUGAUUCUUGCUUCGACAAUAAUUUGAUUCUGUUAAGAAAUGAGCCCUUUCUUACACACUGCUUUACAGCUGUAUUCUAACGCACACUUACAUCACCUUGAGUUUUGAAAGGGCAGAAUAUAAGUGUUUUGAAAAGCUCACUAUUUUAUAUAAGAAGAGAAAGAAGUCAGAUAUAGAAUGUUGUAAGACUGGUUGUGUGGGUUAUCAUGGAACAUAUUUAGACUGUUUCUAGCUCAGUACUGUCUGGCAGUGGCUCUCAUUAAUAGCAACAACUUGCAGUGGUACCUUUCUGGUUUAUUAGCCACACAUUUUGGGUUUCACAACAGGCCUUUCCUCUUUUCAGUAAAGUCAGAGAUGACUGCAAAUUGGAAGAGGUGGAUAUUCUCCUUCCCCGGAGUGAUUUCACCAACUGCCUGACACUUGUCAAAGCCGCUGGGCGUAUAUGGUAAGGCCUCUUAUUUUCAUGCUGGUUUGUACAUUCAGCUCUUAAAAAGCAAUCAGUUUUUUUGGUUAGUUCCAGCAAUGUCACCGCAUCAUUACUGAUCAAUUUCAUAAGAGACAGCUCAAGUUAAUAUUAAUAAAUUGACCCAAAUUAAGGCUCACCCACACAUGCUCCAGGCUUUCUAGGCACUGGGCUGAGCUUUCCCCUGUCCCAGGGCUUUCCCUGGGAAAACCCAUGUUUUACUGCUGAAUCGGAGCAAACAGCAAUCUGGAAAGCCCUAUUGCUGUUUACUCCCACUCGGCGGUAAAAUGCAGGUUUUCCCCAGGGAGAGCAUUGGGACCAAAAAACCCAACAACACCUGAACCUGUGCCUAGACACCUGGAGCAAAGGUAAGUGUGGAUGAGGCCUAAGAAGAGCCCUGCUGGAUCAGGCAUAAGACCCAUUGGGUAGUCCAGCAUCCUAUUCUUACAGCUGUGAAACAGAUGCCUGUGGGAAGCCUGCGGGCAGGACCUGAGAACAGCAGCACUGCUGCUAUUGAUCCCCCACAACUUGUAUCCAUAUGCCUGUUUAGGGAAGUUUUUAAUAUUUAAUGCUGUAUUUUUUUAACACUUGAUUGGGAGCCGCCCAGAGUGGCUGGGGAAACUCAGCCAGAAGGGUGGGGUAUAAAUAAUAAAUUAUUAUUAUUAUUAUUAUUAUUAUUAUUAUUAUUAUUAUAUAGAUGCACACAUGCACUCAUUCACACUUCUUUAUUCUUGUUAGCCUGUUCUGUGUGAAAUCUGCUGUAGCUCUUGCUGUUGUAGCUCAUGCUAGUCUUUCUCAAUACAAGUGAUAUAAGUGUGAAAUGAUUGUCCCAAAGAAGAUUGCCAGAGCCCUGCCUUGUAAUCAAUCUAAAAUCUAUCUUUAUAUUUAACCUUUUGAGUUGACCUUUUGAUCAGUCUAUUUUUGGGUGUGAACUUUAUUUUGCAUUUUUAAAUAAGUUAUUUAACAUCUAGCUGUUAUUGUUCUUGAUUGUUACCCUCUUCAGGUUUGCCAAGAAAUAAAUGUGGGAUAUUUUUUUUUUCAAAAGCAACAUCUGUUCACUGCCACUGGCAGGUGAACAACAUACUUACAUUAAACUUGUUUUUAUACAUACUUCAUAUGGUGACCUGUCAUUUUGCAGUGUUCAGGAGAGCUGGCUAUGUAAGUCAUUUAGGGAGUGCUAGUUUUGCAUUCCUGCCAGAGACCAGAAAUGAAUUUGUUAAAACACUGAAAACUGCUGCUUGGCAGUUUAGGUUUUAAUUUGCAAAUCACCAACUUAGUUUUUAUGUAACACAAAACAGAAGUUUUAAUCCCCACAUUUCUUAGUAUAUUCUUCAGUUGGGCAUUCCCAUACUAAUGAGUUGGUGAGGGAGUUGAAAUAAAAAUAAAUUUACAAGCACAUAAAACUGCUCCACAGUCUUUGUGGACCACAAGAUGUCACACUUUCUCUACCACAGUUUAUUCCAUAUGACAAACAGUCCGGUGGCAUUAUGCUUUUGCAUCCAUAUAUUUCAGUGCAAAGAAAACACAAUGCAAAUGCGGUGGGGGGUAGGGAGGGGAGAAAAGUCAUCAGUUACAUACUGUUUGCAGACUAUAAGGUACAACAGCAGUGAACACUGAUCAUAUUCACCAGAUAAGACUUCUGUUCUGUACAUGGGACAAAUAAGUGAACAUUGGCAAUUUCCACUCCUAUUUUCAUAGAUAUCCUACAACAUUCCCAAGAGAAGGUUAAGAAAGUAGAGAAUUUCCAUUAUCUCACAUAUUUUGCAGAGGCAGUAGGGAAGUUAGUGUGCUUCCUAGAAAAUCAGUAUCAGUGACUGAGGAAAGGAAGGGAGGGUGAAAUGGACAUAGAUUAGAGGUGCCUAGAGCUCAUCUCCUGCUGUGCCUUCCCUUGUGUACUCUCUAGUGCUCAGUUGCAAGUCUGACUCUCUCUGCUCUCCUUUGAUGUACUUCACAUGCCUGCUGCACACUGCGCACAAGAAAGUCACUUUCUCAGGCCUUGUCAGUGAUGGGAGGAAAUUCUUCCCAACAAGUUUCAGAAAGGAAGUCCCCCUGUCACAGAAAGCUGAUGGGCAUAUUCAGUUUAGUAGAAAGAAGGCUCCUAUCAAAAAUAAAAAAAAUUAAAAAAUCCAAUAUUUAAAAAGUGCUGGAAAGAAGGUGGAGAACAAUUGCUGACUACAUUUACCAAGGAUAAAGCAAAGAGUAAUGGAAUGAAGUGACAGAAAAGGAAAUCUACCUUAAAAUGGCCUAUCAGACCAAUUCAGCAAUGCAGUAAACUACUUACAGAGAUGGUAGAAUCUCCUACUUAGUGCAUAUAAUGCAUGUGUGUGUGAACGUGUGUGUGUUUAAAUAGAUAGUGUGUUUUGGCAUGUGACUAGAUAAUCCAGGUAGUUUAAACUUCCAGGGCUAGGGCUGUGUACUGGAAUGCCGUAAAGCGUGUUCUCCUUCACGGAGAGCACGUGUUGCGGUGGGGGCCGCCAGGACACUCCAAAGUUGGGGGGGGGCUAAUUGAUUGUUGGCCACUGAUGCGAUUGGGGCUUCCCUUGUUGUUGGGAGGAAGUUAAUGUUGCCAUUUGUUGAUUGACAGCCAGAAAUACUAAAACUUCUUGCACGAGGCUAGGGCUUCCUCUUUUCGCCCGCAUCAGAUUGCCCGUCCCUCCCUCCCUAGAAGAGGGUUGUUCACUUUGACCUUGCUAUGCCUGUCAUGGGGUCGUCUGCUUUGGGGCAGGGGCCUGGUAGGAAUUUUGUCCAUCUGGCUGAUUGGCUGGGGCCAUUUGGUUUUUGCCUACUGCGUAGCAAAUCAUCACAACUUGUAAGGUUCGCGGUUAGGCAUUGGUUUAUGGUUUGGUUAGUUGAGGGGCAUGGAUUGGCUGUGCCUGCCCCUCUAAUGCUGCUGCUGCAAGGGAUUCUGUUAAAGGAAUCGGGGGCUAACUAUUGCUUGUCCACUCUGACAAGGGGGCUCGGGCCAUAGCAAUGAGCUCCUGGUUGCAUUUGGGAAGGGCUGAGGGCAGGUUCCCUGCGCCGACGCUACCCCCAAGUGUAUUCCCCUUUUCUGACUUUCGCAUCGUGCGGAAUGUCAGUCUGUCCCCCAUGGUGGGGGCAGAUAGUCGCAACCAAUGCCUAAGCAGCCACUCACAAAUUUGUAUUUUAAUAAAGUUGUGGCCAAAAUUAUGCCAAAAAUCUUAAACAAAAAUUCUGUGUGAUGUGUGAGUUAUUGGGGUGGCCCUGGGGACCUCAACACGCAAUAAAAUUGCUCAACCAGCCUAAUGGGCCAAUUAUGUUAGGUCUCUGGGCUGAGAUAAACAGAAUACCCCCAGAUUGUCUACUGGAAUUUCUGCUGGACUUUAUAUGCGUACAAAGCCGGAGGCUUGAAUACUUGAUAUUAUUCAUUUUGAUUUAAAGAUGUAUCUUCCAACUUUCAGCAGCCUUAACUGCCAAAGAGCAAUUUAGAGAACUUUCUCCCAACUCAAAGAAUGAAUUCAAAAGUAGUAUGGUCAGGGGUCCCUUUACCUUUUUAAUGUAGAAUAGAAAUCAAAACCACAGGGUCAAAAUCAUUUAGUACCUUCAUUCAAUAUAGAUCAUUGGUUACUGGUUCUAGUAUCUUUAGGCUGACAUACUACUUUUAAUUUUGGUCACCAAAAGCUUUUACCUUUCAUGUUUAUAAUAGGAUCAGAAUUAAGAAUUCUCUCUGGUUUCUAAGCUUGCUCUACAAGAUUUGUGACCCCUAAUAGCCACAAUCCCAGAGUCGUCCGCGACUGGACUUAACGGUCAGGGGUCCCUUUACCUUUAAUAGACUAUAGACGAGUACCCCAAGAUCACCCUAAACUCUGAUAGCGUAUUUCCAUUUCACCUCCCUGCUUGGAAGCUUUAACUGAUGUCUACUGCUUGAUUGGAUUAACCGCUUAGCUAUCAAUUUCAUCCCAACUCUCCAGUAUUUUUGAAUGUUAGACUGCCAGAUCAGAAGCCAUCACCAAAGUGAACAAGAAUCCUCAUCAGUCAUUGCUUCCCCCCCCCCUUGCCUCUUCUCCAAUUCACUACAGUGUCUCCCAGUGGAAAGACCUGCAUCGCUUGGGAUGCAUAUUUCAUCAAGGGGAUUAUAUAUUGGCUGUGAACGACCUGCAUGCAAAGAGCAUAGAUGAAAUGUCUUUGUUCAUAACUAGAUCCACAAGAAAGGAGGUAAGAGCCAACAAUUUAACUAGUUAGGACCACCAAGCAGUGAAUUAGUUUGUGGCAAUUAGCUGUGGGGCUUAUCCAAGCACAUUUGUUCAGACAAAAGCAUGGUUAACAUUAUGAUGAUGAUUAUUAUUAUUGCUGCUGCUGCCUCUGCUGCAUACAAUCUCCCAUGUGGCUACCCAUAUGUUGGUCUAUUGUGUGCAGCCAGUAGUUUCACACCAGGGUAAAAAGUGGUAGUGGAUUUCCUACCCUCAGCAACCCACUUUAAUCUGAGCACGGACCUUAUCCAAGGAAUAUGUUUCUAAUGAUUUUGCUCUGGAACAUAAUGGAAGACAGUGUAACAUAGGAGCCAACUCCUAGGGGCUGUGGGGGCUUCGCUCCCCCCAGAAAAUAUUUGAGGGGGCCAAGGCCCCACCCCAAGUUGAUAGGCAUUGCCAUUCAAAUGGUGUGCAUGCACCGUGUCAUGUGAUCGAUUAUGUGGGGUGAGGCUUACCUGGGCCCGCCCAAUAUUUUAUUCAAGUUGGCACCCCUGAAGUGUAAUAAAACUCAAGCAUCUUAAUCACAUCAAGUUUCAUUAAAAGCCAUUGAUAAAAAUAGGCGCACCCCCACACCCCCCCCAACAAUAAUAGGUUUCAUAGUAGAGUAUUCAUGAGCUGGGCUACCUGUUUAGAGGGACAGUCGGUUAAAUGCAGUGCCAGCAAAAAAUACAAGCUGUGUGGGAAGUUUAAUUUGGACUAGAGCACAAGUCUUGCAGAGUGCCCAGGGACAGCAUGGGCUGAUCUAUUGUUGGGAAGAAAAAUGUACACAAUGAAGAAGGGCUGAGCAGACAAGCAAAAUGAAAUGUGAGCAACUGAACCAAGGGGCCAAGGAGGCAGAGAAGACAAAGGGGAAAUUAUCUAAUAUGUGGAAAGCUGGAGAAAGCAAUGGAAGAAGCAGAAGUGUAGUGGAGAACAGAAAGGUAAGUGGAAGUGAUGGAAAACUGAAAACAGGGUCAGGGAAUUUAGGGAAGGUGGGGCUAAUAAAAAAAAUAGCACUGGGUGAAAAUUCUUCAUACUGAUCUUGGGAGAAAAGAAGACUGGUUAUGUGUUGAAAAGGAAAAUGGGGAGGCAAUGGUAUUGGUAUUCAUCUCCUGUUGAGACUCCUGUUGGUUUUAAGGCAAUUCCAGACUUCUCAUUUCUAUUGUAUGUAUUAGGAUUAAAGAGACACUGCAUCACUAGUAAUCAUUUAAUGUGGUUCAGGUUAGGUGAUCAUAGGUGAUCAUGGGUUAGUUGGCUAUAUUGGCUCAAAAACAAUUGGCUUAACACUGUGAAUUCAUACUCUGGUAAAUGUUAAUCUGUAAUCUCUCCCUGUUUGGCAUACAUUGCAAUAUUAGGAAGUAGCUAGAUUGUGCAAUUCUUAACCAAUCACCUACUCCUAGAUAACCAUUUUGCCUAUUACACACACACACACACACACACACACACACACACACACACAUUUCUGUGUAUUUGAUAUCCCAGGAAUUAGUCCCACCUCCCUAGCCACUAUACCACACUACCUCAAAGUUUAUUUGCCACUGCCUUGAAAUCACUUUACCCAGAGAUCUUCCAUAUUGUAUUGGUGCUGGCAGUUGCAGGCUCUACACGCUUCUCUGUGUCUGGCUGUCAAAACCAUUUGUGGAGAACCACUCAUUGUAAAACCUUGAAUUUCUCAUGGCCUGCAUCAGGAUUCUGUGGACACCCAACUUCACAAAGCUGUGCGGUACUGCAAUUCACCACUAAGAUUAAAUAAUUUUAAACCUGCAAAGGUAUAUGGGGAAAGGAUAAGUUUAUGAAUUGUAUAUACAAAGUUGCUAAUCACUAUUCUAUUAACACAAUGGUGCAGGCUUGUAAACUAUAAAUAGUAACGUGGUAAGUGCUUUUCUCUCCGUUUUUUUUUUCCAAAAGGUGAAACUGACUGUAUGUCGGCUUCCAGAUUCAAAAAUUUUACAUGCUCAAGGAUGCAAAUGUUCCUAAUGGAGAAAAAUGUAAGUGUGUGACAAACCUGCCUACUCUUCUAUGCAAAAGUCAUCAACAACUCAUUUACAUUGUAGUAAGCAGGCUUAGUUUACCAUGAUAAAUGGAGUUUUAAUCCAAGUGUUCUGAUUUCACUGGCUUGUUAUCCCAUUUCCUUCUAGAACUAGAUGUUACUUAUUCCAGAACUAGCAUGAUUUAUACUUUUCUAUCAUGCCCAUUAUCAGCACUAGAGCGAAAACACAGGAUCCCCCAUCCCCUCAAUUGGAAAUAUAUGCUAUGAAGCAAAUCUAGAGUUCCCAGCCUACAUUUGCCUCAUAAUGAUAGUGCAGAGAUUUUUGCAAUGAGAUAUCAAUGGUUUGCAUUCAUACUUUAACAACUGAACCAGCAGCAGCUGGUGGCAAUUAAAAAAAGUAUUGCUAUAUGAUCUAUUGGAAAUGUUAUUACAUUCAAAAUGAAACAUAUGAAUGGUGGGUAAAUAAAUAUAGUCUAUGAUGCCAAAAAUCCAGUCUAUGAUGCCAAUAUAGUCUAUGAUGCCAAAAUCCAGCUCAAACUGGGCACAGUAGCAUAGGUUGGGCAUACAACAUGUACAAGGGCCUACAGCCUAUAAAACAGGAUAUCAGAUAACUUUAUGCACGGACAGCCAGGUCAAGCAGCCAUUCUCAGAACAGUGGUUCUGGAAUCAGCUGAUUCCAAAAUCCAAUCCAGACAUUUUGUAAAUCAAGAUCAAGAACUUCAAUUCCUCUGACUUUCUUUGUGAAAAGGCAGGAUCCACAUGUAAUAAAAAUAUUUUUAUUUGUUACUUGUUGCAGAAUCUUCAUUGGCCAAGAUCUUAGGUCAAACACAAAUGAAGACUUGAAAACAGUGCCCCCCCCCAAAAAAAAACCCACCGUGAAGACACCAGAACUUUGUCUCAUAAAAAAAGUAGCAUGGUGGUGGUCUCUCCUCACGUAGCACUCAGUGAACCGCACCAGACUGGGACAGGACUAUUCCUCUGCAAAUUUUGAAAUGCAGUGGUAUUCAGAAGAAAUGGUAUUUCACUGCUGUGAAUAUCCAUACAUGUAUUUAAAACCCUUUCAGAGUUUCUGCGCUGCUCCAAAAACAAAGAUGCUGCCAUCCCACUGUGGUAUCAGACAUUUGUCUUUCUUUUUUCAUUGCUUUUCUAUUAUAUCAUAUCUUCACCACAUACUGCGUUACAGUCCAACAUAAGAUAAUAAGAAAGGAAUAGCAUAAAUAUAAGACAUAUGUAAGUGAAUAAUAAUAAUAACAACAUAACUUAUUUAACUCUUAUGUAUCUUAACUGUUACUCCUCUUCCACUCUUUCCAUGGUUUCCUAUUUGCUAUCAUUUUAACUGUGUUUUCUUAUUCUACUAGGUUAUUUUCAUUACCUUACAUUCUCUCAUGUUGUAACAUCUACUGCUGAGUGUUUUUUAUCAGUCUGUUAUGAUUAUUUUCAUGUUGUAAUAUUUUUUCCAUAUAACCUAUAUAUAAUGUCCAGUCUUCUUUUAGACUUAUCUUUAUUUCUUAAUCUAUUUGUCAUACAGUCUUACGGUAAAUGUUUUGUUGUUUAUUAUUUUUUUGCCAAUUUAUGGACCAAAUGAUUUUCUGAUUUAUUGAGUUAGUUAUGCUCAUAGUUAAGAAAUCCAUGAUUGCACAUCAACUUCACCUUUUCCUUCAGCAGAGGUUUAUAUUCUUGUAGAGAUUAUUAAUAUCCAAAAACAUAUUGUGCUAAUUCAUGUGCAAUGCUAAACCAUGGUUUUAACACUACAUGCACAAACUAAAGUAAGCCCAAACAAAAUCUCUGGUUGUGCGAUUCCCCCAUUCUGGCCAGGAAAAGGACCUUGCUUCCAUUUAAUUUCACUUUCCACACAUCAUAUGAACCAGUUAACAUGGUUUCAAACAAACUCUAGUCAGUUUCAAAGCAAGCCAACGUCAAACUACACAUUAUAAGUUGGCUUGUUUAACUAACUAAAGUUUCUUUUAAACCACAGUAUCUGGUUCAUACAUAUCAUCAAGUGUUGUCUAUGAAACAUAACAUCUUAUAUGGCUUUAAAAGGUAAAGGUAGAGGACCCCUGACAGUUAUGUCCAGUCGCAAACAAUUCUGGGGUUGCGGCACUCAUCUCGCUUUACUGGCUGAGGGAGCCGACGUUUGUCCACAGACAGUUUUUCCAGGUCAUGUGGCCAGCAUGACUAAGCUGCUUCUGGCGACACCAGAGCAGCACACAGAAAUGCCAUUUACCUUCCCGCCGGAGCGGUAUCUAUUUAUCUACCUGCACUUUGACGUGCUUUUGAACUGCUAGGUGGGCAGGAGCAGGGACUGAGCAACAGGAGCUCACCCCGUUGCGGGGAUUCGAACUGCCGACCUUUUGAUCGGCAAGCCCUAGGCUCAGUGGUUUAGACCACAGCGCCACCCACGUCCCCCUUAUAUGGCUUAGGCCUGGGCUAUUUAAAGAAUGUAUUAUCCCAUACAAACCUGCCUGGGCUCAGAGAUCUUUGGGGAAGACCCUUCUCUCCGUUCUGCCACCCUUGCAGGCACGUUGAUGGAGAUGUGAGAGAAGUCCAUCCCAGUGGCUUCUCCCAGUCUUUGGAAUUCCCUUCCUAGAGAGGCUAGAAUGCGUCCUUCCUUGCUUUUUCUUCCACCAGCAGGUGAAGACUGUUGAUUUAGACUGUUGAUUUAGACUUUCAGGAACUGACUGUUUUUAAGACAAGGGCUUUAAAUAGUUCUGUGUUUUGCGGUUUUUACUAUAUGUAUAUUAAUAUAUAUCUUUUAUAUUGUUUUCAUUCUAUUAUAGUUCUUUUAAGUGAUCACCUUUUGUAUGUUUUUAGGUUUUUGUAUUUUAUCCAUGUUAUUUAAGUUUUUGUAAAUAGCCUUGAGUCCCAUUCUGGAGAAGAGGUGGGAUAUUGAGGAUCAAAGAAGAUUUGUGGAAAUUAAGUACAGUUCUUCCAUCCACUUGGCAGCAUGAGAGGGGAGGGGCUUUGCUCAAGCUCAUUAUAGCUUGUGCAUUAUUUAGUGUUAUGUGUGAACCAGCCCUUUGAGUAACCAUUAAAUCAAGGUUAACCUAUUUAAAUAAGCAUUCAGCUUUACAUAGAAGCACAGGUUCUGUUCCCUUGAACAACCAGGAUUUCUAAAUAUUAUACAGUGGUUCCUCGGGUUACAGACACUUCAGGUUACAGACGCUUCAGGUUACAGACUCCGCUAACCCAGAAAUAGUACCUCGGGUUAAGAACUUUGCUUCAGGAUGAGAACAGAAAUUGUGUGGCGACAGCGGGAGGCCCCAUUAGCUAAAGUGGUACCUCAGGUUAAGAACAGUUUCAGGUUAAGAACGGUCCUCCAGAACGAAUUAAGUUCUUAACCUGAGGCACCACUGUAUUGUAUCUUGCUUCUGAUGUAUAAGAUGUAGACAGGAGAACCAUAUGUUCUAUUCUACAGAAAUAUGCCAAAUUAUAUAUUUCUGGUUUGGAUAAAAUGAUGACAGUAACAGAUGAUGUUAUGCUGAAUCAGUUACCGGUAGCUUCUGGUGCAGGGAAAACAAUAAGAAUGUAUGUGCAUGCAGUUUCUACAGAGAAAUGUCACCAGAAGGUGACAUUACCCUUCAGUUCUUUUGUGGCUAGUCACUUAGCUACUCAUGGUCGGCUCAAGACAUUUUGCUUCAUGAGGCAAAGGACAAGAUGGCUCCUCCCCCAGCACUGAAUGCACAAAAAUAUUGGGGAGGGGUCGUAGGUCAAUGGCAGAGUAUCUGCUUUGCAGGCAGAAGGUCCCAAGUUCAAUCACUGGCAUCUCAAAGUAGGGCUGAGAAAGAUUCCUGCCUAAAAGCAUAAGGAACUGCUGCCAGCCAGUGUAGACAAUACUCAAUGGACUGACUCAGUUUAAGGCAGCUUUCUAUACUCCUUUGUAACCAACUACUGUAGAUUGGUAGCUAAAUUUCCCUUCAGUACUGGCAAUGGGACAGUGCCCUCCACUGCACCUGUACUGGGGGACUUUUAAGCCUACAGCAAGAGAUGUCACAAAGGAGGACAGGUCAUUGCUACUGUGACAACCCACCCACCCACCUUGAUCCUAGGCCAAUCCGUCUCCUGAGUUGUGAUGUUUCUUCAGAACCUUGUGGUGACUACUGUUCUGGCUGCAGAGUGGUUGAAUCACUUUUUGCGCUCGUAUCUCCAUUUCUCUCACAGAUCAGAUUACCUCGGGUUAAGUACUUAAUUCGUUCCAGAGGUCCGUACUUAACCUGAAACUGUUCUUAACCUGAAGCACCACUUUAGCUAAUGGGGCUUCCUGCUGCUGCCGCGCCGCCAGAGUACGAUUUCUGUUCUUAUCCUGAAGCAAAGUUCUUAACCUGAAGCACUAUUUCUGGGUUAGCGGAGUCUGUAACCUGAAGCAUCUGUAACCUGAAGCGUAUGUAACCCGAGGUACCACUGUAUUCAUUAUCCCCCCAAAAAAAUAAAGUUGAGGGAUAUUCAUAGCACAGCAUAUAGUCAAACGAUAGUCAAUGUCAUAGGUUUUAAGCACUUGUCAAAUUUGGCUCUUUUAUUGAUAUUACUGUUAGUUUUCUUGGGGAACAAUAAGGAGCUUUAUUUCCCCUAGUAUAUGGGGCAACUAUUGUUUUCAUACCUUUCAAGGUGAUAACGCUGUAACAUGUAACAGGUUUCCACCCAUAGCAGUGCAUUUUAAAUGAGAUCAUCUCCCACAACCUUUUCAGAUUUUUGUCUUAUUAAAGACUCAGCUUUAAUCAGAUGAGUCUCACAGGCAACUUGGAACGUAUGGAGCAGUUCCUAGAAAUGCUUCUGGCAUUUCAGGUGUUCCUUGAAUAUCAAAUUUAUUGAUUUUUCUUUUCUUUUAAGGGCUGCUGCCAAGAGUUCAUAUUCUCCAGAUUCUCUGAACUAUAACAAAAUAGAUCCCAUCUGUGCCCUAUGAAGAUAUCCAUCAGAACAGAUUGAUCUGUUGGGAAAAGGCAAUAGAUCAAUGCUUAAGCAUCUGUAUGGCAAGCAGAUGGUCCCAGGUUCAAUCCUUGGUAUCUCUAGGUGGGACUGGAAUUCUGCAGUAAUGUUUCCAGUCAGUGUAGACACUGUUGAGUUAGAUUGACCCAAUAGUUUGACUCAAUAUAAGCCAGCUUCCUAUAUUCCUGUUUUUCAGAGUUAGGGUUGCCAUAUUUUAAAAAGUAAAAACCAAGACACCCCAAAAUUGUUGAGCUUUUAUUUCCGGACAUAUGACAGCCCUACUCAUAGCUGCCUUUUCCUUAUAGCACACACAUUGCUUGACUUGGUAAUUGACUAUUUCCUAAGCGGAACUUCUUUAGGGUUGCCAGAAUGCUGCCUUGAUACAAUGGGGCACAAGACCUCAAUGCAGCUUCUGACCAUUUUCUCACUUUACUGCUGGGAUGAGCAGGCUUUCCAAACAACCUCUCUCUUCGCCACUUUCGGCAUUGACUUUCUUAGGAGAGCACAUAUACUUAGGGAAGCUGUUUCUUCCUUCAAUCUGUAUUCCAAAUGCCACCAUCUUUAUUCUGCUACAACCAACCUUCCACUUUUCAUUACCUCUGUGGACAUUUUGGUCCCAACACCUCUGAAUUCUCCAUCCAGGUAAGCAAGAUACACUAUCACAGUUCAAGGGCACUAUCUAGACAGACAAAAACACUCAAGGUCGGCACAGGGUAUGGUAAGGGAUGUGGCCUGGGAAAAGGGGUGUAACCUGAGAAGACACAGCUUAGAGAUAGUCCCAAAGGCAGAAAAAGACACCCAAGAAGCCACAUUUAGCCAGUAGGACUGAAGUUUUUAGCUCCUGCUUCUGCUGUGGCCAACCAAUCCAAAAGCAGGACAUGUGACCAAUUGUGACCCUCUUCUGCUUUUAUUUCCCAGCAUACUGCAUCUGAUCCUAGAGGUAGCAUAUAGCCAUCAUAACUAGUACACCUUGAUAGCUUUGUUCUUUAUAAAAUUGUCUUAUUCCCUUAGAUGAAAGUUGUGGGAACUCAAGACUCUGGCUUGUGAUAUCAGUGGUAUGCAACAUGGUGGAAAAUAAGAUGCAGCCAACAGCUGCUAAUCUGGAAUGCAAAUGUCACCAAUAGUUCUGUUCUGCUGCUUGGUAAACUCUACAUCUUCAAAUCUACCUAAUUGAUUAAACAUCAUUUUUAUUUACGUGCGGCACCCUUCAACCCUUUCCAGUCCUUAUUGGUUAUUGUGAGGGAGCUGCAGCUUUUAAUUACGAAUGUGCAUUAAGCUUUGUCUUCUUCUCCUCAAAAGUUUCUCAGCUGCUUCCUGAACCAACUCUCCCACGUACCUUCUGGGCUGGCUCUACGCCAAAUGUUACACUCCACCACUGUAAUAAUUAUUAUUCUGAGGGUUUUUAUUCGUUUCAGCCCCUUAGUUAUGUGAUAAAGUCUGUUCAUGCAUUCACCGGAUGUAGAAGGUUUUUUUUAAUGCACUGGGCUGCUUCUGAGAACCUACAGCUGUCACCCAGAACUGGCAUCUAUGAGAAGGGUUAAAUCAGUAGAAUGGCAAAGGCAGAAAUAGAGUGGAAAGCAGCUGUGCAUUGGGCUGGGCUCAGCUUUUGGAUGUGUUUGUGAUGUAAAUCAGGACACUGUUUAUUCAUAUCCCUUUCACAAACUUGUUCUGAGAGAGAAAGUGUGUGUGUGUGUGUGUGUGUGUGUGUGAGAGAGAGAGAGAGAGAGAGAGAGAGAGAGAGAGAGAGAGAGAGAGAUCACAUAAUUAAUCAUAAUUUAUUUAAGGCAACAAACUGUACCGAUAUUGCACAUGUUCCUUACAGAGACAGCUGCAAAUAGGGGUCGGGGAUGCAGGGCUAUUUGUCACAUUAAAGGCAGAAAUAAUACAUUAUUGGGGGAAAUGAAAUUAGAGAAUAAAGCGGAAAACAAUAAGGAAAGGAAGGAUAAAAACAGAGACUGCAGACCUCUUUAAGACUCCUUCUACAACUUCUGAUUAAAAUUAGAAGUUUAUAAAAGUAUGCAUGGUGAGAGAACAGUGGAUAGACAGAUGUUCCUCCUCUGCCCCUAGUACCAGAACUUGGGAUCAUCAAGUUACCAGUAAAUUGAUGGAUAACAGGAAAAGGCAGAUAAAAUAAUAUUUUUGUAUAAUGCUGUGUUGUGAUGUGGCCAUUGACUUAGAUGGCUUUCCAAGGGGUUAGUCCAUUAAAAGCAUCCAAACUAUACUAAUAACUGCACCAAAUGAAAACAAGCAGAUCCCUGCCUGCAGUAGCACAAUUUGACAUUUUCAGAAACUGUCCUAUUCCCAUCUGUCUCAUCUACAUUUCUCAUGUCCUGAUUAGUACCCAAGUUUGAAGCUGGCCUGGUGGGAGGAGGAAGCUAUGAAAUUUAAGCUCCAUUGGGCAAAAUUGACCAGGGAAACAAUGGAAAGAGAUCAGGGAAAUAGGAAUCACUUUGUGUCAACUCUGAAACCCUUGAAAACUCUUUUUGCUUGCCAGUUCUCAUUGAUCUUGCCAUCCUGUCUCUGCACUCUCACUUGAACCUCAUAUUCACACCUUGAACAAAUAAACAAAUCAUAGGUUGAAGUGAAUGAAGGGCUUGCUAUUUCUGUAUGGUGGACCACUUGGUUGGUCAUGUGUCCUACUUUACAGAAGGCAGUCAGAAGACAACCCUCUAUUUAAAGGCAUCCUAUCUUUGAAGGGCUAUGCUCUCCAAAGUCCAGUUUAAAGAUAAAGAACCAUGAGAAGGGAGAGCAGAGACCUUGAAGCUGUCCAUCAAGAGGUAUCACCUGGACAGUAGUCUGGGCAGACACAUAUGUAACCAUUUAAUCUUCUUCACCAGGGUGAGAUGUAUUGCAUUUCUAUUUAAAUUAUUGUCAUUAUUUCUAAGUUGUCAUCUUUACACAUUUAUUUGUUUAAGGAUGCAUAAAGUGUUUAUGCAGGGUACAUAAGCACAUGCAACUAUUAUGCAAAUCUGUGUCCUCUUUUGACCCCUGUUUGGUUAUGUAGAAGUGACCACACAGGACUGCUGGGUUCCUCAAGGACCUAUUUUCUAAUUCGCAAAAGGCAUUGCUGUUGCUAACUUAUGAAAAGAAAUUACUACCACUGUUGGAAAGUAGCUCACAGCGGUGAUAAUUGUGACAUUAUCUUUGAUCCUACUCCCUUUUUCUGUCAUUUCUGGGAAGUAGAAAUUGAAAAAUGAGCCUUUGAGUGGUAUACGUUUUAAUGUCUGGGACGCAAAGGACUCUGCCGCUUUGCAAAACCUCUCUAAGCCCUGCAGUAUAGUAGGGAGAUAUUUCCCCACAUUUAAUUCUGUUUUACAUAAGGGUUUAUUUUAGGUUUUUGUUUGUGCCAGUUUCUAUCAGCUCUAUGAUACCACAGCUCAUGCAGAUCUGACAGAGUGGAAAAGUUCGGCUGGUGCCAAGGUACUCAUCAGAGAGAUUCGAUAAGAAGAUGGCAUUGUAUAAUGAUGGUUAAAGGACCAAAGACAUGAGAAGCAGAAAAGGCAUUUCAGGUCACUUCAACUGUCCCAUUGCCAUUAGAGGAGCAUGCAGUGGUUUUUUUCAGUGCAACUCACUGAAAUGUUUCAGACAUUAAAGCAUCUUCCAGAUCUAUUCCAAAAGCUAUUCUGCUCUCAAAAUCACCCCCUGCCAUUUUUACAACAAAGUCAACUUUUCUGUGGCUAGAACCUAGAUUGGUUAACUGUACUUUCUUCCAAAAUGCUAAAAUGGUAAGAAAUGUAUAACUUCUGUUUAAAAAUUUGAUCUGCUGGAGGAAGUUAUGAGGAAACUAUAUUAACCAUGUUACACACUCUGAUUGCUUUGUCAAAGCAAUUAUUAGUUUAUGACUUUAGUAAACCAGUGCAAUUGCUGUUAUAUUCAACUAUGUUACAUUGCUAUAAGUCGCUUCGUUUUCCGUUAGAUUUUAAAACGUCAUUAUCUUCUAUAUGUCUUAAUUGAAGCAUAGUACACCAAUAAACAGAUUUUUUAAACAAUCACUGCUUGUGCUUCACUCUCUGCCUCACUGGGUUUCUACUGAACAAAUUUGAAUCCUGACUCUAGGACCAAAUUUGUGUUGGUUUUCUGGCCAGGAAUGGGCAAGGUAUGAUUAAAGGUAAAGGUAAAGGUACCCCUGCCCAUACGGACCAGUCGUGUCCGACUCUAGGGUUGUGCGCCCAUCUCACUUAAGAGGCCGGGGGCCAGCGCUGUCCGGAGACACUUUCCGGGUCACGUGGCCAGCGUGACGAAGCUGCUCUGGCGAGCCAGCACCAGCGCAGCACACGGAAACGCCGUUUACCUUCCCGCUAUAAAGCGGUACCUAUUUAUCUGCUUGCACUUAAGGGUGCUUUCGAACUGCUAGGUGGGCAGGAGCUGGGACCGAAAGACGGGAGCUCACCCCGCCGCGGGGAUUCGAACCGCCGACCAUGCGAUCGGCAAGCCCUAGGCUCUGAGGUUUUACCCACAGCGCCACCCGCGUCCCUUCAAGGUACGAUUAGCCUUCCAUGAUUAACACCUCACUUCUUAACAUGUUAAUCAACCUUCAGUACAUUUAAUAUUAAUCAAUGUAAAAAUUUACUUUUAUCUUGUUUAUGUUGUAAUGAUGUAAUGUUAUGUUAUGUAAAGUAAUUUUCUUAAUAACAAAGAACAUACGUAACUUGGGAGCGGGGGGAGGGAACUAAGUUGAGAGUUUGAAAGCACCUUCUGUUCUCAUCUUGUACUGUAUGUGUGUUUAUUUUUUCACAUCAGAACUGGGUGGAUAAGGAUUGGCUUGAUCAGGAUAUUUGGAAGUUCUUAGAAUUCAAAAAAAUAUUAAUAAAAGUCACUGCUGUUGCCAAGGAAUAGGAUCACCCAAAAUUCAUACAGCCUUAAAAUCAUUAAGGUGAAAGAUAGCAUUUGAAUCUCAACUUUAUCCACUCUAGAAUCUAGACAUUUAUAAUGCAUAUUUAUAGUCAUAUUGGAGAUUAAUAGCAUGUGAGUUUGAAAGAGAUACUCUGGAUUCACUGCAGUUUAGACAGCCCAUUGAGUCUGUUGCUGAAGUUACCUGUCAGCCAAAAAUUUGUCUCUUGGAAAUGCAGGAUGUUUACUUAAGUUACAUAAAGGACCAUGUCCUUCUGCCAAUUAACCUUUUGGCAGCUCUUUCUGGGCCUAAAGAAAAAGUAUAUUUCUGCUUCAAGUUUCAGACAAAAAGCAGAUGAACAGUAAAUAUACCAGGGAGUAGCACAUAUUCCACAUAAUUUUUUUAAUCCGUCUGUAAUGUUCUGAUGUCAGAUGGAAGUGGUUGUUUGCAGGUUCCAAAGAAUAUAUUGGACAAAAUGGAGUGUUGGUUUACCUUUUUAGUGGGUCACGAAAUCACUCGUCUACUCCAUAUUAAUUGAUCCAAAAAUAGCAAUCACAUGUUGUUUCUAUAUUUCAGGCCAAGCGAAAGGCAAAUGGCGCCCUGUCUUUUCCAAAACAUCUGGAGGGUGCCAUCUUGUUUUCCCUUGAUAUAGGUGCUUAGCAUAGCUGCCAUAUUGAUUUUAUUGGACAGGAGACAUAGCAACAUUCCUAUUUUGUAAUUCCCAUUUAAUUUGGGACUUCUGCAAUUUCCAACAAUAAAAUAAAAUGUUGAUUAUUUAUUUUUACAUGAAUCCUAUAUAGUUGUGUAGUCACAUUUGUGUGUGAGACAUUUACUUAUGAAUAUAAUUUCCAUUGGUAAUCAGAAAAUAUUGAUAUUUACUAAAGAUUAGAAACCCCUUAUAGACUUUUUACAUGAAAAAGAAAAUGAGCUUAUGAUAUCUGGGUUUGAGGAUUGAAGAAAAUAUUGGUUUAUAGAAAGUAGAAUUGUUAGGUGUUAUUUUGGAGUGGAUGUUUUGAAUAAUUUUCUAUAUAUAGCUGAAAGAUGAAGAAUUGGAAGUUUUCUUUCUUUUUUUCUCCUUUUGGUUUAUGUUUUUAUUUGGAUUAGUUUAUCUUUUACAAAAAGAUAUUUGGUAUUUAACUUUGUAUAUUUACUUUCAGACUUUAUAUUCUCUCCCUUCCUCUAUAAUUUUUAUUAAUUUCAAUUGGGAAUUUUGCUUCACAACCCCCAACCCAGCUCCUUCCCUUGAUCAAGAAACCACCGAAGGCACCAACCAGACAGAUGUAGAAAAAAGUAGAAUCUCUUAUUACUAAGUGGUUUUCCAUAGCUUUUUGCAACUCCAGUUCUGUAAUCUAUGUACCCAUUUCCAUUAUUAAUCAUUUUACUUUGUCAGUUCCAGUUGAAUGAAGAUAAAUAAUGUCAUUCUGAGUUUAAGAUCAUACUAGUAAUUUUUUCCACCAGAAUGUGGCCAAGUUAUAAAGAAGUGGGAUGCUGCUGAGCAUGAAAUGUUGAUGAUGUGCUGAAAAGCUGUAGUCAAUGAACACAAAACCAUGGCAAGGAUACAAGUACAGGGAUGGGAACAGGCACAAGACUCGUGCACAGGCAUGUUUGGAACAUCACGCUCAAACCAGAACACUUUACUGACAAAGGGGAAAUCUAGGUAGAAACCACUCCCUCCUGACUUGGUGAGUAGAUAACCACUUUUGGAAUCAGGCUUUAAUCAAGACCAAAUUAAUUGGCUAAAAAAUGACGUAGUCAUGCUGACUCCGGCCAAUCACAACAAGAGUUUUCCAAGAUUUCCCAUUGUCUAGACAGCUGCUUUUGUGGCUUGUUCAUUCUCGGCAGCACAAUCCUUUCAAAACUCAGCAAGAUGGAGAAGGCUUUCUCCUCUUGCAAUACUGAAUAAGAUGCGAACAAAUGUAAUUAGUCUCCCUCCUGCUGAAUUUUGUUCUCUAACUACAUGCUAGUGCAGUUAAAUGUGUUUGUCAUUAACGCUGACUGUCCCCAUUUCAAAAUGAAUUCUUUGCAUAGCUAUACCAGCCAUCCCUCAAGUACAAGGAUGUCAGCAAUCACAGAGGUGACAAAAGUUUUAUAGCUUAAGUGACACGUUUAAAAAUUAAAUAAGUUACCAGGUGAUGGUAGCAUACACUUAAUUAAAGUUCCCAAAUGUGGAAAUGCUU